AUGCACCCAGUAUACAAAAUCAACUUUGGAAAGAAUUAUGGCAAUUUGCUCAGCAUUCUCAAUCAACAAGUGGACCAUACCUCCUUAAUCACUUUGGCCCAAUUCUACGGCCUACCUUUAAGAUGUUUCACAUUCCAAGAUUUCCAGCUAGCACCAACAUUGGAAGAAUUCGAGCGUCUUGUUAGGAUUCCUAUGAAGAACAAGUCACUAUUUGAAGGGAUAGAUGAAUCUUUUCCCCUUGAGGUCAUAGCUAGUGCGCUUCACAUGGAUGAAAAGGAAGCAGAGGCUAACUUAGAGACCAAAGGAAAGACCAAAGGAUUUUCACUAAGUUUUCUUUUGGAAAGAGCUCAUACCCUAUUGAAGGCAGAAAGUUGGGAUGCUUGUUAUUCUGCUAUUGCAUUGGCCAUCUAUGGUGUCGUCCUGUUCCCGAAUAUGGAUGGUUUUGUAGACAUGACUGCUAUUUGUGUUUUCCUGACUGGAAACCCAAUACCCACUUUGUUAGCCGAUGUCUACUAUUAUAUAAUUCAUAGGUAUACUAAGAAGAAGGGAUUGAUUGCUUAUUGUGCUCCUUUAUUGUAUCAAUGGUUUCUAGAACAUCUUUCGAAGAUAGGUGCUUGGGUUGAAAAGACAGAUGUUAGUUGGCCUCAGAGAUUGGGAUCACUCCGAUAUGAAAAUCUCUCUUGGUACUCCAAAGAAUACAUCAACAUGGAUAUCAUAUUUAGUUGUGGAGAUUUCCCAAAUCUACCGCUUAUUGGAACUCAAGAAUGUGUGAAUGCUAACCCAGUUCUAUCACUUAGACAACUCGGCUACCCAAUGGAAGGCCCUCCAGAGGCAAAUUCUUUGGGAGCUUUCUUGUUACUUGACUUUGGGGCUGAGAAUCCUAGCUUAUUCCAGUAA